CUGGUCGGCCGCCAUGUGGGCCUCCGGGCCUGCUGCGGCGGCGCGGCCGGUUGAGGCCGGGCUCGGCCCGGCCCGCGACGGCUGGCCGCCGACGAGCGCGCUCGCGCUGCUCGUCAAAAUGGCGGCGGUGUCGAUUGCGGCGACGGUCGUUCAGUCGCUCAGCGCUCAGGCGUCAGGCGUCUGUCGUCUGUUGUCGCAUUUCGCACACGCGCGCGCCGCGCGACCCGCGUCGCUCCGCGAGGGCAUGAGCCUUCCGCGAUUCGAUCCCGCAGCCAAAAGCUGCUCGCUCGAACCGCGGCCGACUCCGCCAUCGCGGCCGCAGCUGUUGAGCUCUCCAGAAGACUGGCGCCUGAUAUGCUGCCUCCCUGCGGAUGCUGCCGGCGAGCCUGGCGGUCCGCUGCACUACAAGGAUCUGACUCGAUGCCUUCCCGCAAUCUUCUACCCACGACUCGGAACACGAAUGUGACAGGACCAUCGGGUCCUUCAGCCACCAAAGCGAGAUCACCCGAGAGCAGCUGAGUCUGCCUCUGGCCUCGCCUCCCUCUCCUUCAGGCAUUGGUGGCAUCCUAUGGGUCGUCCAGAGUAUCGACCUCUGGCCCCCCCAACCACGUCGAACUCAUCGGCGCGGGCUCUCUCGGCUACGGGACCGGCCCCAGCUUCGGCCGAGGGCUAACAAGCUGCCGAGCCCAAAUCUCUGUGAGAGUCGUGAUUUCUUGUUGGUCUUCAAAAAUCUCUCUCUCUC